UGCACGGCAGGAGGAGAGUGAACAUUCUCAUAAACAUUUAAUUGAACUCCGCCGGGAAUUUAAGAAAAAUGUACCUGAGGAAAUCAGAGAGAUGGUGGCUCCUGUAUUAAAAAGCUUCCAAGCUGAGGUGGUGGCUCUUAGUAAGAGAAGUCAGGAGGCUGAAGCUGCUUUCCUGAGUGUUUACAAGCAAUUAAUUGAAGCACCAGACCCUGUGCCUGUGUUUGAGGCGACACGCAGCCCAGACGACAGACUGCAGUCCCCCAGCUUUGACCCCAGCGGGCAGCCGCGGCGAGACCUCCACACUUCGUGGAAGAGACACCCUGAGCUCCUCGGCCCCAAAGAGCAGAGAGAGGGGACAUCACCGGCCGGGCCCACGCUGACCGAGGGGAGCCGCCUCCCAGGCAUUCCCAGCAAAGCUCUCCUGACUGAAACUUUGCUGCAGAGAAAUGAGGCGGAGAAACAAAAGGGCCUUCAAGAAGUACAGAUCACUUUGGCAGCCAGACUGGGGGAGGCCGAGGAGAAGAUCAAGGUGCUACAUUCAGCGUUAAAGGCCACGCAGACAGAGCUGCUGGAGCUGAGGCGGAAAUACGAUGAGGAGGCGGCAUCCAAGGCAGAUGAAGUUGGCCUGAUCAUGACCAACCUGGAGAAAGCUAAUCAGAGAGCCGAGGCUGCCCAGCGGGAGGUGGAAAGUCUUCGGGAACAACUUGCCUCCGUCAACAGCUCCAUCCGCCUGGCCUGCUGCUCCCCACAGGGACCCAGCGGAGAUAAGGUGAACUUCGCGCUGUGUUCAGGCCCGCGGCUGGAGGCUGCCCUGGCCUCCAAGGAUCGGGAGAUCCUGCGGCUGCUGAAGGACGUGCAGCACCUCCAGAACUCUCUGCAGGAGCUGGAGGAGACCUCGGCCAACCAGAUUGCAGACCUGGAGCGGCAGCUCACAGCCAAGUCCGAGGCCAUCGAAAAGCUGGAAGAGAAGCUCCAGGCACAGUCUGACUAUGAGGAAAUUAAAACAGAGCUGAGCAUCCUGAAAGCCAUGAAGCUGGCCUCCAGCACCUGCAGCCUACCCCAGGGCAUAGCCAAGCCGGAAGACUCACUGCUCAUGGCAAAGGAGGCCUUCUUCCCCGCGCAGAAAUUUCUUCUGGAAAAGCCUGGUCUUUUAGCCAGCCCUGAGGAGGACCCUUCGGAGGAUGAUUCCAUCAAGGACUCUCUGGGCACAGAACAGUCCUACCCAUCCCCUCCACAGCUCCCACCACUGCCAGGGCCUGAAGACCCCCUGUCCCCCAGCCCAGGGCAGCCCUUACUGGGCCCCAGCCUGGGCCCCGAUGGCCCUCGGACUUUCUCGCUGUCCCCCUUCCCCAGCCUGGCUUCGGGGGAGAGACUAACAGGGGACGCGCUGCUCUCCAAGCACAUGAUGCCCCCGGCCGCCUUCAAGGGGGAGGCGGGGGGCCUGCUGGUGUUCCCUCCGGCCUUCUACAGCGCCAAGCCCCCCACAGCCCCUGCCACCCCAGCCCCUGGCCCUGAGCCACCUGGAGGCCCCGAGCCAGCAGAUGGUGGUGGGGGCGGCAUGGCCACGACAGGGGCCGGAGCAGAGGAGGAGCAGCUGGACACAGCGGAGAUCGCGUUCCAGGUUAAGGAGCAGCUGCUCAAACACAACAUCGGGCAGCGGGUUUUCGGCCACUAUGUGCUGGGCCUGUCCCAGGGUUCAGUCAGCGAGAUCCUGGCCCGGCCCAAGCCCUGGCGCAAGCUCACAGUGAAGGGCAAGGAGCCCUUCAUCAAGAUGAAGCAGUUCCUGUCGGACGAGCAGAACGUGCUGGCUCUGAGGACCAUCCAGGUGCGGCAGCGAGGCAGUAUCACUCCAAGGAUCCGCACACCAGAGACCGGCUCGGACGACGCCAUCAAGAGCAUCCUGGAGCAGGCCAAGAAGGAGAUCGAGUCGCAGAAGGGGGGUGAUCCGAAGACUUCAGCGACCCCACUGAGCAUCUCCAACGGCACAGCCCCCGCCAGCACCUCGGAAGAUGCCAUCAAGAACAUUCUGGAGCAAGCACGCCGUGAGAUGCAAGCACAGCAGCAGGCCCUGCUGGAGAUGGAGGCAGGCCCGCGGGGCCGCUCGGUGCCUACCUCGCCCCCAGAGCGCGGCGCCUCCUUGGCCGCCACGAGCCAGAACGGGGCCCCAGCCCACGUCAAGCAGGAGGACAGCGGUGUCGGUGGCGGUGGUGGUGUUGGCGGCGGGGGGACCAGCAGCAGUGCCACGCAGACAUCCCUCACGGUCCUGUCCCCAGCCGCCUUCGUUCAGAGCAUCAUCCGGAAGGUCAAGUCGGAGAUCGGCGAUGCCGGCUACUUCGACCACCACUGGGCUUCGGACCGCGGCCUGCUCAGCCACCCCUACACCUCCGUUUCCCCCUCACUCUCCUCCUCCUCCUCCAGCUACUCCGGCCAGCCCAACGGGCGGGCCUGGCCCCGCGGGGACGAGGCCCCCACGGCCCCCGAGGAUGAAGCCAUCGGGAGCGAGGACGAGCCCCUCAGGGUGGGCGAGCUCAAGGCCGAGGGGGGCGGCCCCGAGGUAGGCAGCGGCGGGCGGCUGGCCUACUACCCGGCCUACGUGCCCCGCACACUGAAGCCCACCGUGCCGCCCCUGACCCCCGAGCAGUACGAGCUCUACAUGUACCGCGAGGUGGACACGCUGGAGCUGACACGCCAGGUCAAGGAGAAGCUGGCCAAGAACGGAAUCUGCCAGAGGAUCUUCGGGGAGAAGGUGCUUGGCCUGUCCCAGGGCAGCGUGAGUGACAUGCUGUCCCGGCCGAAGCCGUGGAGCAAGCUGACGCAGAAGGGGCGGGAGCCCUUCAUCCGCAUGCAGCUGUGGCUCUCGGACCAGCUUGGCCAGGCCAUCGGCCAGCAGCCCAGUGCCUCCCAGGCCAGUCCCACAGAACCGAGGUCCUCGCCAUCCCCACCCCCUAGCCCCACGGAGGCACCGGAGAAGAGCUCGCAAGAGCCCUUGAGCCUGGCACUGGAGAGCAGCAAGGAGAACCAGCAGCCAGAGGGACGCCCCAGCUCUUCACUGGGUGGAAAGAUAUACUCGGGCAGCCAGACCACAGGGGGCAUCCAGGAGAUUGUGGCCAUGUCCCCCGAGCUGGACACAUACUCCAUCACCAAGAGGGUCAAAGAGGUCCUCACAGACAACAACCUAGGGCAGCGGCUGUUUGGGGAGAGCAUCCUGGGGCUGACGCAGGGCUCCGUGUCUGACCUGCUGUCCAGGCCCAAACCCUGGCACAAGCUAAGCCUGAAGGGGCGGGAGCCCUUCGUGCGCAUGCAGCUGUGGCUCAGUGACCCCCACAAUGUGGAGAAGCUGAGGGACAUGAAGAAGCUGGAGAAGAAAGCCUACCUGAAGCGCAGGUACGGCCUCAUCAGCACCGGCUCAGACAGUGAGUCUCCAGCCACCCGCUCCGAGUGCCCCAGCCCUUGCCUGCAGCCCCAGGAUCUCAGCCUCCUGCAAAUCAAGAAGCCCCGAGUGGUGCUGGCCCCUGAGGAGAAGGAGGCGCUGAGGAAGGCCUACCAGCUGGAGCCCUACCCCUCCCAGCAGACCAUCGAGCUCCUCUCCUUCCAGCUCAACCUCAAGACCAACACCGUCAUCAACUGGUUCCACAACUACAGGUCCCGGAUGCGCCGGGAGAUGUUGGUGGAAGGGACCCAAGAGGAACCAGACCUCGAGCCCAGUGGGGGUCCUGGCAUCCUGCCACCAGGCCACUCCCACCCAGACCCCACCCUGCCGAGCCCUGACUCUGAGGCUGAGGACCAGAAACCUACCAUGAAAGAACUAAAGCUCCAGGAGGGUCCCGAGGAGAGCAUCACACCCCUGACCCCCCAGGACAAGGCUCAAGUGAGGAUUAAGGAGGAACAGACUGAGGAGACUGCUGAGGAAGGGGCAGGCGGCCAGCUCCGGGAUUCAGAGGAGCCGGACAAAGGCCAGGGUUCCUCCACGGAGGUGCAUCCCGACCCUCUGGGUAACGACGGACUCCCAAAAGCAGCCCCAGGCCUGCUCCUUCCCGGAGGGACCACCCCAGCCUGCCCCUCACUGCAGCCCCCCCAGGAGAGCGAGGGUGGGGAGCGGCUCCACCCGGACCCUCUAAGUUUUAAGUCGGCCUCGGAGUCCUCACGCUGCAGCCUAGAAGCGUCACUGAACUCACCCUCGGCUGCCUCCUCGCCGGGCCUCAUGAUGUCUGUGUCCCCAGUCCCCUCCUCCUCAGCUCCCAUCUCCCCCUCCCCACCCGGUGUCCCCCCCGCCAAAGUGCCGAGUGCCAGCCCCACUGCCGACACGGCCGGGGCCUUGCACCCCAGCGCCAAGGUGAACCCCAACUUGCAGAGGCGGCACGAGAAGAUGGCCAACCUGAACAGCAUCAUCUACCGGCUGGAGAGGGCUGCCAAUCGGGAGGAGGCUCUGGAGUGGGAGUUCUAAAGGCGGGGGCGCCCUGGGCGGCCGCCCUCCCCCUCACACCCCUUUCUCCCAGCCGAGGCGCCGUAAGGAAAGGAGGAGCUUUGCCACCACGACGUGGACAGCACCUUUAGGCCAUCUACAUUUUGCUGUAAUCCUAGUUCUGCGAAGCUGCGAGUGAGCAGGUGGGGCGGGUGCCACUGCCUCCUCUUUUCAGCAGCCCCGGCCCCAGGGAGCACCCUCUUCUCCACCCGGAUCUCUCCACAGGAGACAGAAGCGAAGUGGCGCCACAGUUUCACCUGGAAACUCACAACUCUUUUAGAAAAAUAAAUAAAUAUUUAUAGACCUCUUUUAGAUAUUUUAAUAAAGGAUCCUUUGGAAUUUAUUCCCAGCCAAUGCUGUUUUGAUAUUACAGAGAGUUAUAAAAUCAGGACGCUGUCACAACUGUUGCGAAGUAUACACUGAAGUUGUGUCGUUUUUGCCACUAGAUGAGAUUAAAAGAAGACAAUUGUUCAAAGCCAUCACAAAACACUAUAAGACUGACCAAAAUUUAGAUAACCUUUGAUCCGCGGUUUUUUUUCCACGUCUGUCUGUGAGACACAGCGCGUUGCUACCGUCCUUCCAGAAACCGUGCUGAAAAGAGAAAGUCCAAAAGACUCUAAAUGAAAACACUGAUGCCGUUGAGGAUGUGUUUCAUUCUGGUGGUCUGUUUUGCAACCUUGACAGCACAGAAUGUCCCGUGCCAUUGUAAAUGUUGUAGAGAUGUGGGCUGUGGCUGACCAUCCUAUCCGAGAUGUAACCAAACAAACUGCUUACACUCCCUCCAGUCAGAAACCCGUGGGCCGUCGAGGCUGGACAUCCAUCUCAUCCAUCUGGAUCCUUUGGAAACCGGGGUAUGGCGCAGAGUGACCCCAUUCCCCAACCUGAAUCGUGGCCACAGCGCAGGAAGUUUCCCCACUGGCUUUCCAGAGCGAGGCUAGCUGCCAUCUUCCCCUCCUUAUGUUUUAAGAAAAUAACAGCAUUGUUCAUCCCACAAGCCCCCAGCUCAGCACCCAGCACCAAAAAGUAGAUUCAUCAAACUAGAGACCCCAGCUCCCCUUGUCACCAUCUUCUCUCAUGUUGACCCUAGUGCUGUUUCUGGAAGGCACCUGCCCCUCCAGGUGUAUGCAGAACAAAGCUAAAAGGUUGAGUUCACCACAGCAUGACCACCAUAAUCUCCAAGUCCACCCUCCUGCCUUCUAACACAUGACCUUUUGGGGAACAAAGACUCAACCCCCCAACUCAGAGAAACCCUUUCUCCAGCGUCUCCAUCAUCCUGGUUUCUAGGGGGAGAGUUCCCAAUUUGGAUGGAACGGCCGGCCACCAUACUGGUUAUUGAACCUCUCCUGGUUUUCUUUUACUUUUCCAAACUGUGGGAAGGCUGAAUUGGGCGACUUCCCAGCUGAGUCCAGAAGGACGAUGAAAGGCGGUCAUAAUCGGUGCCAACCCAAUGCCAGUGGGAGAGGUGGCUGAUGGGAGGGCUCCAAGGAUGCAGCAAGUAUUUUGAAACCAGGCCGGCAAAAUCCAGUGACCAGAAGGAGACAGCUGAGGGCCGUUCCAGAAAUCUCAGCUCUCAUGCACCCAGCCCAGGCUGCAGUCUCCACGCCAACCGAUGAAGAACAACGCAAACCCUGCAGGAAAACCUCCUUUUCCAUACACCCAGGCUAUGCAUCGCAGAGUUUUCCACUGUAUACAUUUUUAUCCAGAUGAAGGUAUUUUUGUAUUUUGACAAUAGGAAACAGUGACCAAUUUUCAAAGCAAUCAAAUCUGGAACAAACGAAACAUCUCCUUUUAGCCACCACCGCCCUGUCGCAAUUAAGGCAACCGUGGGGGAACAUGCCACUUUUUACUGUUGAAACCCACACAACCCUGAAAUCCAGGCUUACAUGCAGACUGCGAUUCUUAGAGGACUACAUCUGGCUUUUGUGUGAUGGGAUUUGAUGAAGCACUUAGUACAGUCUUUUGAACAUGGAAAUCCUAUUGUCCCUAAAGCUAGCAGGCCCGUGAACAACUUUGUCAGGUUCGCGUCCUAUAACGGUAAACACAGAACAAAAACCCACAAAACUGUUUCUACGAGAGAUUGAUGAACUUUGUUUAAAUUCAAAAAAAAAAAAAAAAAAAAGAAAGGAACAUGUUCUGUAAUAAACGCGUCAGUCAAUACAGAAUUGUAUAAUAAUGUCUGGGUGUCCUGCUUGCUUUGUUCUGGAGCUGGGGGUGCAAAUCGGGGGUCAGAGCUGGCCCUCAGG